AUGAAAUUUAUAGAAGAAUCUAUAAAGAAUCAUCUUUAUAUCAUUAAAUUUUAUAUUUUAAAAAAUAAACAAAUUAAUUGUUUAUUAUAUAAAAUAUCAUUCUUAGUUCCCAACAUCUUAACAAUCAAUAAGAUUAGAAGUAUUAAUUGAAGUUGAAUCUUUAGGAUCAAACUUUUGA